CAACUAUUUACACAUUUACUCCCCUCAGCGCUGUUACAAUAUGUAUGAUGACCUUUUAACUGCAACGCCAGCGAUGUCGACGUUACGCAAACAGUUAGCGACUGACGGGAAGAGCGAGAGCGAGCGCGUUGCGUCAUCAGAUGGCGACGGGAAGCACUUCCGGAGGAAGUCAGCUGAUGGGCAUCUGUGGGGCGAGAGCUCGGAGUGCAGCACUUAUCUUAUUCCAGCAUGUCCGCGUAUCCCAGGAGCCGCAACCCGUUUGCCGACGAUGGCGACGAGGAGGAGGACGAGCCGCAGGACUGGGCCGGAGAGCGCGAGCGGAGCCCGCUGAGCGAGGCGGACCGGCGACAGCGUCAGCUGCAGCAGGAGGCGAUGCGGUCCGCGCAGUCGGCCACGGACAGCAGCAAUCGCUCCCUGCGCCUCAUCUACGAGUCGGAGAAGAUGGGCACGGACACGGCCGAGGAGCUAAUGCGCCAAGGGGAGGCCUUGAGAAGGACUGAGAGGAUGGUGGACAACAUGGAAGAGGACCUGAAGACAAGCCAGAAGCACAUAAACAGCAUCAAGAGCGUCUGGGGGGGCAUUGUCAACUACUUCAAGGGGAAGCCUGAGCCCAGGGCAGCCCCGGAAGAGCCGGUCGGGUACCAGGCCAACAGCAGAUUGCAGGCUGCACUUAAUGAGAGCAAGGAGCACGAAGACAAAUACCAACAGAGCCAUCCCAACCUGAAGAAACUGGACACAUCAGGCUUUGGGGUUUCUGGGAUUUCUCCCGAAGGACCCACAUCAAAUCAGAAUGGCUACCCGUGGAAUCAGCACCUCAGAGCCACUCACCAACAACUGGACAGCAACUUAGAUGAGAUGAGCCUGGGCCUGUCUCGGCUGAAGAACCUCGGCUUGGGCCUGCAGGUGGAGUUGGAGGACCAGGACUCCAGCAUUGACAACCUUCUCGGCAAAGUGGACAGAAUGGAUGGCAAGAUAAACGCCACAAACCAGCAGAUUAAAAGUCUUAAGUAAACCAGAGCCUGGGACCGGUGUGCAUUCUUAGAAUUGUACAUUUUUGAAGCUUCCUUUUUAAAUUAAGUCGGGCUGUUAUAGAAGAGCACAGACACAGAACUGUUUUAAAUAUAUUUCCAUGGAAUAAAAAAGAAUCAUCAGUACAGUUUCAUGUGCAAAAGCAGGCAGGGAAAUGUCAUAAACUGUGCUGUUAUUGUGCAUUGUAACACCAAAACGGAUUUGGCCGGAAUUGAAAUUUUUGAUUUUAUUUCUGUAGCGACUGAGUCAAAAGCUAUGAUGCUCUAGUAACACGGUGUGUAAUAUUUUUUUGUUUGCCUCUGUAUAAAAUGCUGGGCAGAACCACACAUGCCACGCUGUAACAGACAAGCACCCCUUGCCUUAUGCUUCUGGUUCUUUUCUCUUAUAAUACUUGAUAUAUACAGUGUACUAUCUUCCACUGUUUCAUGUAACUCCAGUCAUUCCUUGUACAUUAAUGUAAACUCAAAGUCUUGAUCUCAUAACUAAACAUAAGUGAAGUUGAACUUGUUAAUGGAAAAUACUGUGUCUGUUCAUUAAAGGCUGAAUGAGAUGAGCUAAUUGCACUUCAC